GCGAUAUACAUCAGUUGUGCCAGAGACAUGAUCUCUGCAAUUUAUUAGCCAGGAUUUCCUGCAUUGCGUUGGCUCCACGCAAGGUCCCUUAUCACCAUCUCGUCGCGCUCGUCCUGCCUACGUACCUCAACGAGUGUCUACCGUCCAUCUAAGCAAACCCUUUCCGCGACCAGCAGUUUCGUCAACCGUCUCACGGUUCGGAAGCACUCCGACGGUUUGCUGGUUGAUGGCAACAGUGGCAACCAUGGAUGCAGCUACUAUCACCGCACGGCUUCCGGAGCUCUCCACCUUCUCCGUUAUGCACGCUCGCUCGAGGGUUUCGUGUUGUUCCUUGACUUCGUCAGAGUUCGUCGGUUCUCGACUGGCUCCGCUACAAGUGAACUCGCUUUUUUCGAACAAGCCCAGAGGAGCACCGGUCGUCGUUGCAGCGAGUAUGAAGAGGAACCCGAAGCGACUUAAAUACGCGGGAGGCUCGCGACAGGCCAUCGACGUGGACGUGGUGACCGUUGACCCGUCAGGAUCCGAUGCUUCGUGGAAGCUGAAGGGAAUAGCGGAGCUGAUCAAGGAGGGCGGCGUUGGGCUCAUUCCGACCGACACUGUUUAUGCUCUCGUGUGUGACGUCAAGAACCGGGAUGCCAUUGAUAGGCUCUACCGUAUCAAGCGGAUGGACCCAAAAAAGCCCCUCAGUAUCCUCUGCCGCAAUUUCCAAGACAUCGACACCUAUACGCUGGGAUUUCCCCGAGGGAACGGCCAUGGUCAGACAAACAUUUUCAGGGCUGCCCGGCAAUGCCUCCCUGGACCUUACACGUUCAUUCUCAAGGCCAGCAAGGCCAUGCCCAAGCAGUGCACCACGUUCGGAGGCAGUGCCGUGGCGCACUGCGCUCCCCGAAAGAGCGUGGGCGUGAGAAUGCCUCUGGACCCCGUCUGCCACGCGCUGCUAGAGCUGCUGGACGAGCCCCUCCUCUGCACCAGUGCCACAAAGAGCUCGGAUGAUCGCUGGCUGCUGGACCCCUCGGUUGUCGGACUUACCUACCGCUCUGAAGAUGGGUCAGAGGGUGUGGAUUUCAUUGUGGAUGGAGGGGCUCGCAUGCCCGAGCCAUCCACGGUGGUGGAUAUGACUGGCGACAGCCCAGUGCUGCUGCGACGAGGACAGGGCGAGGUGGAGGACUGGAUGCUGAUGGAGGUGCACGACUCCUCGGAAACUGCAGCAGCGGCUCUGAUUAACCCAAACGGGAAGAUAAACCCAUACGCUGUGCGAGAGUAGUAGACCAGUCGCUGAUGCAUUGCGUUGUGCAAUACGCUGUGGGUUUAGAGGACUCUUAUAUUGUGUCCCAUUUUAAUUUUAGUCAAUAAACUUGAUUCUAGGAAUUCUACCUGGACAGGGUGUGCUUACUUACUGAUCUGAGAUUAUACUG